UUCUGAGGGAGGACAGCACUUCUUAGAAGAGCUUUUAAGAAAACACUGAAUUCCCUAGGACACUGAUUCCUAUUGUACUAGGUCAGCAUGUCUCCAGCUGUACUCUGAUUUCCAGUAAUAGACCUAGUCUUCCAAAUCAGUAAGUGAUUGCAGCCAAGACACCUGCACCAUUACAUCAGGGGAAGCACCAGAAUGAAAGAGAUGGACAAUAUCAAAACUGUAAAGAAAGAAUGGGUGUGUAAAUCAGGAACCGAUGAUCAGAUUUUGAACGGUACAGAACAAAACUGUGACUACUUUGUAGAUAACCUAUUUGAAGAAGCUCAGAAGGUUGGUGCUAUGUGUGUGCCCCCAACUAAAGUCAAGAACCAGGUUGAUGUAAUCAUUAAACUUUGGAAAAAUGGGUUUACGGUAAAUGAUGGCGAACUUCGGAGCUACACUGAUGUUGCAAACCAGCAGUUCUUGGAGUCGGUUAAAAAGGGGGAACUGCCUUUUGAGUUACAAAAGGCUUUUGAUAAGGAGGAAGUAGAAGUGAAAGUGGAAGAUAAAAAAGAUAAGGUGUAUUUGUCGUCGAAAAAGCCAAUGUUUCAUCCCUUUUCUGGACAUGGUUACAGAUUAGGAAGUGCUACUCCAAAGAUAAUUUCUAAAGUGAGAGAUGACCAUCCAGGACCUGAUGACAAAAGACACCUGCCUUUAGUACCCUUGAAUGAUUUGGAGCCUAUCACCAAUGUCCAGAUCUGGUUAGCUGAUGGGGAAAGGAUAAUUCAGAAAUUCAAUGUUUCUCACAGAAUUAGCCACGUCAGAGACUUCAUAACAAAGUAUCAAGGAUCUGAGGAAAGUGUUCCCUUCACACUGACGACCUCCCUGCCUUUUCGAGAGCUGCAGGAUGAGACACUCACACUUGAGGAAGCAAAGUUGCAAAAUGCUGUUGUUGUUCAGAGACUUCGGAAAACAACUGAACCGUUCAGACUCUUAGUGAUAAAAGCACCUGACAGUGACUACAAAACUGCUGCUACACCUAAUGGACAGCUCAAGAAUGAGCAAAAAAAUGCUAUCAAUAGUACAAGAUCAAAUUAGCUUUUAACUGACCAAAAAUUAUCUGCAGGGUGAACUAGGCAAAACCAAAAACAUAACCAGCAAUAUGUGGAUGCCCUCACAUCCUCAUGCACUGUGCUCUUAGAGAGCAGAAAGGGUGCUGUGCUGUCAUCUGCUGUAAUAGAGGUAUUUUCAGCUAAAUUGGGUGGUCAGAGCCUGGCUGUGUAAUGUAGCAGGUAACUACAGCAGAUCACCCUUAGAAUUUGCUUAGGUAAAAAGCUUCUUAGUUCUUUAAUAAGUGGGUCUAGGUGGAACAGUUCUCUGAGACUUAACUACUGAUAGCACCUUUUAAGGAAAAAUAGUAUUUAUUUUUGCACUUUGGACUGAAGUAAAACGUUUCACUUGUAUUGUAGUGGAAACUGCUGCAGUUUGCAUUCUUCUCACAGUAACUCUUCAACAACCAAUACCGCAGGCGAGCUCACAUUUGAACUGUAACUUGAAAAUCUUCAGGAUGCAACUUUUAUCACAAGAUCUGCAUUGUAAUAAUGUUCUGUCAAGUCUGCACAUGGUGGUAGGUGCAUGUGUGAGAAGAUACAAAUGAGGUAGUCUAGUGCAUACUGCAUAUGAAGUGCCUCAAAGUAAGCUCUGAAGGAAUUGUUCUUAUCAAUGGUUGAAGUGGUUUCUGCUUCUUUUGGGCUGCUACGGGUGUCUUGCAGAUCAGGUGAUGUUAAACUACCUAGCUCAUUAGCAUAGGGACCCACUUGUGGCUUCAUCACACAGAAGUUUCAGCUUUUUUUUGGCUAUCAGCAAGCAGGAGUAGUAGUUUAGAGGGACACAGUUGUUUUUGUACUAUUCAUCUGCCUCUGUCCUGAACUGCCCAGCUGAUGGAGACACUAAUUGCAUGUGGUCAAGUUUCAAAGAUGAUGUUGAAAAUCCUUACUUGAAAACUGAAGUUUUUCUCUCCACUUUACUCCAUUUCCAUCCAAAACCUUUUAUUUUGCUAUUCAUGUACUCAUGGCAUAAAGUUUGUAGCCAACUAUUCUGUCUUUUGCUAAAAGAGAAAAAAACCAUAAAGACUUAAUAUUUUGUACUGUG